UAAUAUGGAUACCGCCAGCAUGGAAAGGGAGGGUCGGGCCAAACAAGGGCAAAAAAGGCAGUCUGGCGCCACUGUGGCGCCAGGGCUUGAUGCGCCUUGCCGCCGCAAUGUACGUGUGCGUGUGUCGGUCCCAGUGGUUUGGGUCCAUUCAUUUGUCCGUCAUGGCCAGCUUAACGGAAAAACACUCACAAUUUUGGGGAAACCUGAAGAAAUUGAAGGGGAGUGGCAUCGACAAUUGCUUGCAUGCUUUGUCUUCGUCCCAAAUGCCCAUACACUCUCUGCGACACGACUGCUUCAGCCCCCUUCGUACAAUACUCAACCUGCGCUGUGCCGACGGUGCGCGAGAAUGGGACCAAACGUCCUUCCGUUUUGAAAAACUGGCCAUGCAUGAUGAAUUAACAAUGGAACCCAGAAGGGUGGAACGGCAUCGAAUGGCACGGAGCCAGGGACAGAGGUAUUCGGGAAGAUGUCGCAUGAUUCGCCGCCCGCUGUGGUGUGGGCAAGGCAUUAUUGGUGGGUGUGAUAGAGUGUCGUCGUGUAACUCCGGCUCCGUCUUUGUCCCAUCAGCUUGGGAUUACCGGCAGAUUUAGCCAGGUUAGCCAAAGCGGCACAGGUUUUGCGAUGGAAAAGCAGCCAUGAUCUGAUCCCGAUUGCCGAGCGUCAUUCAUUAGCAAGAGUGCGUACGUUUUGCUGCUGUAUGUUGGCCGGACGAAACACCAGGUGUGGACCACAAGGAGACGAGAAGUAGAGAGAUCUUCAUUUCAUCAGUGGCUUUAUUUAUUUUUCGUCCUGGC